AUGGCGGUAGUGGCGGCCAAGGGGGGCAGCAGGGCGGCGGAGGUGGCUGGGGGAAAGGCUGGGUGGCGAAAACGGAGCGGCGGCGGCCGGAACGGCAGUACGUGGUGGCGGCGAAGCCCGGGGCCGAAACAGGGGAGAGCGUCGGGGAAGGAAAACAGGGGGGAAAGUGGAGGUCGCGCGUCGGCCGGAGGCGGCACGGCGGCGUCGCGGGCGGGCCGACUAGCGGCUGGGCAGCGCCGAAUCGGCGGACGCGGCGGGCGAGCUGCUUCUUCCGCGUGCGCGCCGUGCGAGACCGGCGACAAAGCGAAAGGGGGCAGGCGAACAGCGGUCGCGGGGCGACGAAAGCGCGCGCUGCUCGGCUCGGGCGACGGCAGCAUGCGAGGCGGCGGCGGGCCGGGCUGGUCCUGCGAGCGGCGUCGGGCAGCAAGAACAGGGAAGCAGGAGCAGCCGCGGGGAAGAAGAUGA